UUUUGGUGGGUGCGGUGUUUUCUCUUGUUUUCCCAUUUUCCCACUACUGCUAUUGCUAUGCCAAAUCCAUGUUUUGUCUCAGUUGCCCAUUUCUCUCUCUUUCUCUGUGUUUCUCUCUGUACCCUUUAAUCUGACAGAUGGGUCAAUGGUAAUUUGUUUAUUUAUUUUGUGACAAAUUUGGAUUGCCCAGAAAUUCAUAGCUCAAAAUUUGUCAAUGUGUUUGUGUUUUGUGAAGGAAUUGUGAAUAGUAGGGAUUGAUUGGAGUUGAUUCUGUUGUGGGGUUUUUUGUUUGAGGCUUAGGGGUGUUGCUGUAUAUAUAUAGAUAAUAGAUGGCUUCUUCUCCUCCAUUUGAGGUGGAGGAUCAGACGGAUGAGGAUUUUUUUGAUAAACUUGUUAAUGAUGAAAUUGAAUUUACUGGAUCUGUGCCUAGUGUUGUAAAGAAUGAUGCUUUAGAUGAGGCAAAAGCGGUUUCUAAUCUAAGGAUUAGCGAAGUGGGGGCUGCCGGAGUUGACUCCGGUGGCAAUGAUGGUCUUGAGGUCAAUGAUGAAAUGGGCCAUGAAGAUUUGGUUGUGUCUGCUGCAUCAUUGGAUGCCAAUGAGGAAAAUGUGGUUGGUGAAGUGGGCAAUUCGUUGGUACCCAGUAAUACUGAUGAGUCUAAUAGUGUGGUUGGCAAAGAGAGCGUUCCAUCAGUAGUGAUACCCAAUGAAACAAAUGAGGGUAGCGAAGUGGGGAAAGGGGAGGAAGGUGCAUUGCAUAGUUCAGUGGGUGAGAGUAGCGUGUCUGUGGGAACGGGUCUGAAAGUUGUUCAGUGGAGUUCAUUUGAGUCGGAGGUGGAUGAUAAUGGUGGUGAAUUUGGCAUGUACUCGGAAUUCUUUAGUGAAUUGAAAGAUAACUCACAAGACCCUUUUGAGAAUGUGACGAAUAUGGGCAAGUUGGGGACAGAAUCUUAUUUUGUGGAUGGUGUUUUGGAAAACCCAGUUGCUGAUUUGGGGGCCUCCAAUUAUGGGCAACAUCAAGAAGGUCAAUACUAUGGGGCAGUUACGGGGCAGAAUAUAGAUGGUCAGGAUUUGAGUAGUAGUCAGAAUUGGGAAAAUCUUUAUCCAGGGUGGAAGUACGACACAAACACUGGGCAAUGGUAUCAGUUGGAGGGUUAUGAUGCAAAUGCAAGUUCAAGUGCUGAUAUUAAUGUGAAUGCAAAUGAUCAUGCAAAUGCAGAUGCAGUUCUUUCAGACCACACAGUAGGUGGUUAUUAUCAGCAGCAAACAGCUCAGGCUCAGUCUGUUGUUGGAACUGUGGAUGACGGAUGUACAACUGGCAGUGUCUCUCACUGGAAUCAGAUUUCCCAAGGAAAUAUGCAAUACCCAGCUCAUAUGGUAUUUGAUCCCAAUUAUCCUGAUUGGUACUAUGACAGCAUCACUAAAGAAUGGAAAUUGUUGGAAACAUACACUCCAGCUUCAAAUCAGUUAACAAGUGUAGAUUAUAAUCAGCAAUAUCAAAAUCAGAAUGUGGAGAAUCAUCAGUCACAAAGUCUAGAUAGUCAAGAACAUGUUGCAAACUGGGAUGGAUCUGCGAGCACUUACAAUAACCAAACUGUGAAUAUGUGGCAAACUCAACAUGUUGCAAAGAGCGACACAAUUGGGUUUACUGAAAACCAGAAAUUAGGGAACCAUUACAGUUCCACUGGUCAUUUAACUGAUUCUGUGGAUCAACAGUCGGGGUUCGUUCCUCGUGGAUCACUUGCUCAGUAUGAACAGCCAAAUCAAAGUGUUGACAGCGGCCGUAGGGUUGCUGAGUUUCAAAGCUUUAUUCCUGAUGAAAAUUUUUAUCAGCACCAAAAUCAGGCCAAGGACCUAAAUCAACACAUGCAUUUCUCACCUGCUCACUUGGGUAAUCAGAAACCAGUGAAUUUUUCACAACAGCUGCCACAGAAUGGAACUCAGUUCUCUUAUGCACCAAGUGAGGGGAGGUCAUCUGCAGGACGGCCUCCACAUGCUCUAGUCACUUUUGGUUUUGGUGGGAAACUUAUAGUCAUGAAAGAUAAUAGUUCUUUUCUCAGAAACUCAUAUGAAAGCCAGGACUCUGUAGGAGGUGUGCUUAAUGUUCUCAACUGGAUGGAAGUUGUCAUGGACAAAAAUGAUUCUUCAAGCUUUGGAUUGGGUGCUUGUGAUUAUUUUUAUGCAUUGUGCCAACAAUCUUUUCCUGGUCCCUUGGUUGGUGGGAGUGUUGGAAGUAAGGAGUUAAACAAAUGGAUUGAUGAAAAGAUUGCUACCUGUGAAUCUCCAAUCGUGGAUUAUAGGAAAAGUGAAGAUCUUAGGUUGCUUUUUUCUUUGCUGAAAAUAUCAUGUCAGUAUUAUGGAAAACUUCGAUCACCUUUUGGCACUGACCAAGCCUUGAAGGAAAGUGAUUGUCCUGAGUCAGCUAUUGCUAAGCUCUUUACAACUUCCAAAAGAAAGAGUGCGUAUGGUGCACUUGCACACUGCUUGCAGAGCUUGCCUUCUGAAGCCCAAAUUCAGGCUACCGCACUUGAGGUACAGAGUCUUCUUGUCUCUGGUCGGAAGAAAGAGGCUUUGCAAUGUGCACAGGGAGGUCAACUGUGGGGACCGGCACUUGUUCUUGCAUCUCAACUUGGGGAUCAGUUUUAUGUUGAUACUGUGAAGCAAAUGGCACUUAACCAAUUCAUAGCUGGAUCACCUUUGCGGACUUUAUGCCUGCUUAUUGCUGGGCAGCCUGCAGAAGUGUUUUCUAGUGCCACUACUAGUGGCACCUUACCCGGUUCUGUAGAUUUUUUUCAACAGCCUGUCAAGAGUGGGGCUAACUGCAUGUUAGAGGAAUGGGAAGAGAAUUUAGCUGUCAUAACUGCAAAUAGAACAAAAGAUGAUGAGCUUGUCAUCAUUCAUCUAGGAGAUUGCCUAUGGAAGGAGCAUGGGGAGACUACUGCUGCACACAUAUGUUAUUUAGUUGCAGAAGCCAGCAUUGAACCAUAUUCGGAUGCUGCAAGACUCUGUCUUAUUGGUGCAGAUCAUUUGAAAUUUCCACGAACAUUUGCCAGCCCUGAGGCAAUACAGAGGACAGAAUUACAUGAGUACUCAAAGGUGCUUGGGAAUUCUCAGUUUCUCCUCCUACCUUUUCAGCCAUAUAAGCUUAUAUAUGCCCACAUGCUGGCUGAAGUUGGAAAAGUUGCAGAUGCUUUGAAGUACUGCCAUGCAAUUUUGAAGUUUCUCAAGACUGGUAGAGCACCAGAAGUGGACACAUGGAGACAAUUAGUGUUGUCUCUUGAGGAGCGGAUUAGAACCCACCAGCAGGGUGGUUAUGGAUCAAAUUUGGCUCCAACCAAACUGGUUGGUAAAUUGCUUACCUUCAUUGACAGUACUGCUCAUCGUGUUGUUGGAGGCCUACCUCCACCUGUACCUUCAACAUCACAUAGUGGUGCUCAACAUAAUGAAUAUGCUUCUCAACCAGGAGGUCUUAAAGUAUCGAACAGUCAAUCAACAAUGGCAAUGUCUUCAUUAAUGCCAUCAGCUUCAGUGGAACCCAUAAAUGAGCGGGCUGCUGAGAACAAAAUGCCUAAUAGAAGUGUCUCGGAGCCAAUCUUUGGUAGUGCUCCUAAGAAGGUUGAUUCAUCUAAGGAAACAAACUCUUCUGAUACGCAAGGAAAGGCAUCAGCAUCAGGUGGGUCAUCUCGUUUUGGUCGUUUUGGCUCACAGCUAUUCCAAAAGACUGUGGGAUUGGUCUUGAGAUCCAGACCAGACCGGCAGGCUAAAUUGGGUGAGAAGAAUAGAUUCUAUUAUGAUGAAACGCUUAAGAGAUGGGUUGAAGAAGGCGCUGAACUUCCUCCACCUGAGGAGGCUGCGCUACCACCUCCACCAACGACUGCAGCUUUUCAGAAUGGAAUGCCAGAUUACAACGUGAAAGAUGCACCAAAAACCGGAGGAUUUCCCUUGGAAUUGGGGCUUGAAACCAAAAGCCCAAUCUCUUCUGAACGAAGUUCAGGGAUCCCACCUAUUCCACCUGGUUCAAACCAGUUCUCUGCACGUGGACGGAUGGGUGUUCGCUCAAGGUAUGUUGACACAUUCAAUAAGGGUGGUGGGACCCCAUCAAAUUUGUUCCAGACACCUUCUAUUCCAGCUGCUAAACCUGGGGGUGGUUCCAAUCCUAAAUUUUUCAUCCCUGCUCCAGUAGCUUCUGUUGUGGAGACAGUUCAGACACCUGGAGAAAGCAUGCAAGAGGCUACUCUAAACAAUGCCAAUCCACCUACUUCAUUUAAAGAGGAUUCUAUCUCUUCCACACAAAAAUCAACAUUGCCAUCAAUGAGUCUGCAGCGGUUUCCUAGCAUGGAUAAUAUUGUACAAAGGAAAACAGGGCCAAUGGCACAUGGAACUAGCUUAGUUCCCCCUCCCUCACGGCGUACAGCAUCAUGGAGUGGAAACCUUAGUGAUGGAUGGAAUCCUUCAAUGAUGAAUGAAGUAAAACCUUUAGGAGAAGUCCUCGGUAUAUCUCCAUCUUUGUACAGGCCAGGUGACCCUUUAUCAGUUCAGUUUCCAUCGAGUCGUAAUAGUUCUAGAGAUGAUCUUCAUGAAGUUGAAGUUUGAGGCUUAACGAACAGUUCUCUGUAGUUUUGCUUCUCCCGAUAAAGCUUGUCAAAGAGCAUACUUGUCUCCUCAUCUUGCUGUAAGGAUUGAAGAUGGAGGAUGGCAGUUAUGGGGGAGUUCAGAUUUUUGGUGAAGUCCCUUAGCCAUAUUGGAAAUUCUUAUACAUCUUAGACGAACAUAUGAUGUUCACUGUUCUAGUUGCUGCCCUUUGAGAAGCCCAUUGCCAUUGAAGCAAUUAGGGCUUGUGAUGGUGCACUGCUCUGUGGCCCUUUGUUGAUUUAUUAGAGCUAGAUUGCCUCGAGGAAGACGAGGAUCAGAAGAAAGCAUCCCUUCUUUCUAUUAUCAAGGCUAAAACUGCUUACCAAAAAUUGCAAAAGGAAAAGAAAAAAAGAUAUGCAAAUUCUGCUAAUGAAUGAUUGUUAUCAAAACUUGUCAAAAUAUGAAAAUACAAUUAAAUGUUGAAAAUGGAGGCAUAUGGUUCGUGUCCACGUUUUAUUAAAGUUGAGGCUGGCUGUUGAUUAAGGGAAUAUCUUGUAGCUCAAUUAGCACUUACUGAUGAUUAUCGUAUUUUUAACGGAGUUGUGUAGAGUCUAAAUCCCGACUCAACUGUCAAAUUAUUAAAAAGCGAAGAAUUAUUUCCAGUUUUU